AUGCCAGCACCGGCAACAUCCGCCCCGGUCUCGACGCCUUGCGACUGGGAGGGUGAUCCCUUGGAGCCUGAGCUGGACGAUCUAGCAUAUCAGCAUGCCCCAAGAGAUCCAGUUCGACCUGGAGAUCACUGUGAUUGGAAUGAUGACUCUGUGGUGCCGGAGCUCGAUGACCUCGCAUAUCAGCAUGUACCCAAGCCGAAACCUUCAGUCCCUGAGAUCAAGGCGCCAGCAUCCACCCCCUUCGAGCCGCCAGCUGCGUUGGAGGAAGCAGUGCCUAUGACUGUGCCCGAUUUUCCUGUGGUGGUCUCUCCUGAAUCAGUGCCAACACAGGAGCCGGAAGACCACCACCUGGCGCCUCUCAUUGAUUCACACCCACCGCCUGUUCAGCCAACAACGCCGCCUCCACAACUCAAAGCCAUACAUCCUGUACCUGAAGUGCUUUCCAGGAAUCAACUAGAGAAACAGCUUAAGGAGGCGAAGCGUAAGGCCAGAGAAUUGAAGAAGAGAGCCAAGAAAGAGCUCAGAGAAAAGCACAGGGCUGAGCGAAGGACCGAACGCAAGAUUCGGCACGAACAAAAACAAAAGGCUCGUGAGAAGAGAAGGCGAGAAAGGCAGAAUUCCAGGGGCGAUGGUCCUGUAGUGGUCACUUCUGCAGCGGCACCACUUCAAGAAGUCGAGGCGGGCCCUUCGCAACCACCACCUCGACCAAGAGAUGAGUCCACUGAGGAAGCCGAAUCGAAGUUCCCAAGUGGCUGGCAAGGCUUACCUACUCUCAAUGACCUGAAAAUUGGGUUCCGAAACUUAUUACCUAAGCAUGCUUCCGUCUCGGAAACCAAAGGGGGCUCGAUGGCUGAGGACCAACUUUGUGAGACUCAUCAAUUGCGAAAAGACGUCCAGGACUUGAACAAGCGCUUGAACGAGGACCUGAAGGAAAAUCGGCAUCAUAGCAAUCAAGGUACUGAUGGCGCUGCGGAUCCACGUCAUAUUUCUGACGAUGGCCGAUCUGCACCUGGUUAUUCGAAAAAGAUCACACCCAGUAGCAAAAUUUCCAAGACCUCUACUCAGGACCAAGUAGCCCAACAGGAUGUUCAUCCCGACUUGACGACACGCACUUGUGAAUGUUGCCAUGCUGGUAACGUACGUCGCAGCAAAUCACCUCUGAUUGACCAUGACAAUCGAUCUAAUAGCAUAAUGAUCGAUGUCAAGAAGGGACAGCCUGGCAGACUGAAGCGCGCAAGCUGUCUUUGUAGCGUCAUGCCACCAGUGCCUUCAGAGUAA